AUGGAAGAGAAACAAACGGCUAUCUUUCAGAAGUCUAGAGAGAGAAGGAAGACGAAAAUCAACCACCAAGAUACACUGGGCCCUGGACUACCAUUUCAGCUUGAGCUCAACUCCAAUGCGGUGCCCCAAGAAAAGCUGCAGUUUCUCGAUACAAUCGACCGAAUGUGUAAAAGAGAUCAAACUGGGAUUGUAAGAGUCACCCGUAUUGAUGAGCUCCAUGAUCAUCUACAACGCCCAUUUGGAAAACCAAUACUCUGGCGAGGAUAUGCUAAGGAACCCCGUCUUCAUGGUCUCCCAUUAUCUAUACCGGAACUUCUUCAGAAGUUACGUCUCCUGGGUAUAGAUUCGUUGGAGGUCUACAAUUAUGCGAGAACCGACUCUAAUUACACCGAAACACUGGAUAACAUUCUUGACCAUUUUCAAGCGCCUCCUGGUACUCGCGACCCGCUGAACUUUCUGGAUAUCCGCAACUUCUUCGCAUCUCGAGUCCCAGUCGAGAUUAAUGAAGUUGACCUACUUCGCUUGGCUCGCCGACGACAUGGAACAAUGCCAGCCCCAGAAUUCAAGAAGUCGCGUCUCCAUGUGGCCCCGGCGGAUAAUUCCGCUUCGGAACUCAAACGAUCAGCAUCCAAGUCCCAGAAGUUACAUACCUUAAUGGAUGCUGCGGACCAUGAGUUUCUCCUACUCUCUAGUCAAGGUUCUAUCUCUACGCUGCAUGGUGAUACAGCAGGAGGAGCGACAUUUAUCACGGUCAUUUCUGGAAGAAAGCCCUGGUAUCUGCCGCGAAAUAUGGACCGGGAGGCUUCUGAGAUUCUCGCUACGUUUGGAAGUUCUACUCCUGAGACGUACAAUGGCUUCAUCAAGAUUGAGUUACUGCCUGGAGAUCUUCUUAUAAUGCCCCCUGGUUGUCCACACGCUGUUGCCACGCCAGAGCACACACUAGCAUUUGGAGGUUCAUUCUACACACUACCACAUCUUGGUUCUAGCCUCCGGGUGUUAGCAAUCCAAGACAGGGCGGGAACUAUCUUCAGCAAUGAGGACAUCAAGGAGCAAGACUUGAUAAAUUUCAUUGAAAUGUUGGUGACAUGCAAGGACUUGCUGCAGGAGAAUAUCAUCUCGCCGGAGCUAUUAGCAAGUGUUGUGUCUAGUAGUAUGUGCUGGGGUGCUGUGAAAAAUAAGCAGCAGCGCAGGAUACAGGAACUUAUCCAGGAGAUCCAAGGAGAGAUAGAGAAGAGGUUUGACUAG